GGCCGCUAGCCUGCUUGUUUACUGUUCCUGAUAAUUUGUAAAUAUACAAUGACAGCGAGUGUUAUCAAUCCUAAAACUGUCAUCAUAGUCAAUUAUAUGUGCCGUUUUAACAAACCGAAUUACAAUUGUGCGGAAAACAAGUGUAUCAAAUCCCUUUAAUUCUUACUUUAUUGAAUGUUUUCCGAAAUCAAUAUUUUAAGAUGUCUAUAUUGAAAUUUGGUGAGGGGUAAUUUUAGCAAAAAUGAGACUUUGUGUUUUUUUAGUUUUGUUUAAAGUGUUUUUUUGUUCUGGAUAUUUAAUUUUACUCUCCGAAGAAGAAGAACCUGGAACCCUCAUAUUUGAUGCUGGCCUUAAAACGAAUGAACACCACAAAAGACAUUACACUAUCAAUGUUGAUAAAAGUGCUUAUUUUGUAAGAAGACUGUUGCGUGUUGACCAUUCUUUUGGUGAAGUGUAUCUUAGGCAGAAACUCCAAUGUGAUGGUGUUUUUUACCCGAACCUUUUUACAUUGUAUAUAGAUUCAACAUCGAAUGGUACCUUAGAUUAUGUUUCUAUUCCUUUAAGAGUGUUAAUUCGUGGGUGUGCUGAUUUAAUUAGUUUCGAAGGUAGUUAUUAAUUUUGUUUUGAUUCUAUAUUCAAUUUCAAAGUUGACAAUUUAGUAAUUAUCACCUUUUGUAGAUGGAGUUUUUGAAAACAAAAUUCAAACUAAAAUAUCGGAGGCGAAAAAAUGGCCCAGUGAAACAAUCGCUUCAUUCUCGUUUCCUGCUUUUAACAAAAAUGAAGCAAUGUCCCAAGUAUGCUUGCGCAGUUCACAAGUGGUCGCAACCCUUAGAUCUCUUGUCCCUAAGGGGCUGGGAUCAUGUAACAUUGUGCUGACUGGAGUGGCCGAACCCCGAUUUGGGGUCGAGCCACGUGGAGGACAUUUAGUGGCCAAAGAGGAUUUAUGUCUGUCUACAGCAGGUCUUUUGGAAUUGCCUGUAGCACUGGAAUAUACUUGUUCAUCCAAUUCUGGUCUACUGUUGCAUCCAUCUCAGCACACCAUAAGGGUGUAUGUUUCUUUCCGAAGGAGUACUUACGAAGAAUCUGGAAGGGUUAGAAGAACUGCCUCACGCCCAGGGGACUUAGCUUUUGAGAAGCCUCUUUAUAUUGCUUCUGUGCUUGAAGAACAACCUCCUGGAACCGAAGUUUGCUCAGUAGCUGUUAAAGAAGGAGGAUUGUAUUCCAUGGUUAGUGUUCUGGAUUCAAGAAGUCAAGGAAUGUUUAGUAUUGGUGCGAGCACUGGGGUAGUCACAGCUACAGCUCGACUUGAUAGAGAGACGAUGGAUGUUCAUUAUUUUCGAGUAACAGUAACAUCAGAUUCUGGUAAUUCUCAUCAGUCAGCUACAACUACUUUGCAAAUUAAUGUCGGGGAUAUCAACGACCAUGCGCCUGUAUUUGAACAAGGUGUUGCCACAGAAACUACUAUAAGCGAAAGUUCACCUGUUGGAACUGCAGUUGCUCAGUUAAGGGCUACUGAUUUGGAUAUCGGCCUUAAUGCUCAGAUCGAGUACAAAAUAUCAGGUGUAGAAUCAGGUGGUUUAGACAAGGGAGACGGAAUCUUUAAUAUUGAUCCUCAAAGUGGACUAUUAACAACCAGGCAGCCUUUGGACAGAGAAACCGCUGAGGUGUAUACGGUUCUGGUAGAAGCAUCAGACAAAUCGCAACCAGCGUCAUCUCGCCUAAGUUCCACAGUAUCUCUUGUCGUAAGAAUCGGUGAUGAGAAUGACAACUAUCCUCAGUUUUCCGAACGAGCUACAACCGUAUCUCUGCCUGAAGAUACUCCUGCUGGUGCAAGCCCUGUAAUCGCCACUGUCAGAGCUACUGAUGCUGAUACUGGACAAAAUGCAGCCCUUCGAUAUGCUAUUAUUGGUGGUAAUACCCAGGGUCAGUUUUCCAUCGACUCUCAAAAUGGUGAAAUAACAUUGGUGAAACCUCUUGAUUAUGAAUCAAUACGAAGCUAUCGUCUUGUGCAAGCGUAUGAUGGGGACGAAGGAGAAAACUCUGAAAUAGAAUAUCGAAUAUCACCGCAUUUCUCACCAGAUGAAUUACCUGUUACUGUAGAUCCAAAUACCGGUUGGCUGUCAACAAGGCGACAACUUGAUAGGGAAGCUACAUCUCGUUUAAGUUUUGAGGUUUUAGCUGUUGACAAAGGCGAUCCUCCUAGAUCUGGAACAGCCACUGUGUCCAUUGUCAUUCAAGAUACUAAUGACAAUGACCCUCAGUUUUCUCCAAAGGAAUAUUCAGCCAACCUUCCAGAAGAUGUUGGAGCUGGGGCUUCAGUAGUUGUAGUUCAUGCCACCGAUCCAGAUGAGAAUCCAAGGUUGAAUUAUGAAAUCAUGAGUGGAAAUACUAGAGGCAGAUUUGCUAUAACUACUCAGAAUGGUCGGGGACUCAUCACUGUCGCUCAACCAUUAGAUUACAAACAAGAGAGAAGAUUCAUAUUAUCGGUUCGUGCAAUAGAUUCUGGUGGGCGCUAUGAUACCGCUAAUGUCUACAUUAAUAUUACUGAUGCUAAUACUUUCUCACCAAUAUUUGAUAAUGCGCCAUAUUCAGCAUCAGUUCCAGAAGAUGCUAAGAUUGGAACAACAGUUUUGGUUGUUUCUGCUUCUGAUGGAGAUUCUGGUGUUAAUGCUGAGAUUAGCUACAGCUUGAGCUCAGACACUACUGAGUUUACCAUUAACCCUGACACCGGUGCUAUAAUUACUACAGCAGUCUUGGAUAGAGAGAUUACAUCAGGAUAUUUACUUAGUGUUACAGCCAAAGACAAUGGAACUCCUCAACUUUCUGAUAGUACAGAUGUGGAAAUCACUGUCACUGAUGUUAAUGAUAAUCCUCCGAGGUUUUCUCAGGAAUCAUAUCUUGUAUCUGUUUCUGAAGAUGUACCUAUUGGCACCAGUAUUUUACAAGUUUCUGCUACCGACCCAGAUCUCAGCCUUAAUGGGAGGGUAAGAUAUUCUUUAGAAGACACCGAUACUUUCAUAAUGGAACCCAUAACUGGUGUGGUCAGAGUUAACAGAGGCCUAGAUAGGGAAUCAACUGCCCAGUAUACUCUAAUUGCUAUUGCAUCGGAUAGAGCUUCACCUCCGCUUUCAUCUUCUGUUGAAAUAUUAGUCAAAAUUGAAGACGUCAAUGAUUCUCCUCCUACUUUUGAAUCUGAUAAACUAAAACUGUAUAUUCCUGAGAACUCACCUAUUGGCUCUACAGUUGGUGAAAUUUAUGCUUCCGAUCCUGAUGUAGGAGCAAAUGCUUACGUGACUUACUCAAUCAUAGGUGGUGAAGAUUCUUCACUUUUCUCACUGCAGAGAAGAGCAGGAAACGACAAAGCUGAAUUGACUACCUUGACCGAACUUGAUUAUGAAAGUUCGAAGAAAACAUAUUCUGUUGUGAUUAGAGCGAGUUCUGCGCCUCUCAGGUCUGAUGCGACUGUCACCAUUAUUGUAACUGAUGUGAAUGAUAAUGCACCAAAGCUCUCUGAUUUUCAAGUAAUCUUCAAUAAUUUUCGAGAAUGUUUUCCAUCUGGUCCAAUUGGAAAAAUCCCUGCUUUUGAUGCUGAUGUUUCAGAUAAGUUGAGAUAUCGAUUGUUAUCUGGGAAUAAUGCAGCUUUAGUUACUCUUAAUGAAACAUCUGGUGAGCUGUCGCUCUCUCCUCAACUGAACACUAAUGUACCUAAGUUAGCUACUAUGGAAGUUUCUGUGUCAGACGGUAUGAACGAAGUCAAAGCUUGGAUGGAGUUGACUGUGCGCCUGAUUACCGAUGAAAUGCUUAUGAAUUCAGUUACCGUGAGGCUGGGUGAUAUGACUGAGCAAGCGUUUUUGUCACCCUUGUAUACUUAUUUUGUUGAAGCAAUUGCUGCUAUCGUACCUUGUCCCAAGCAUAAUGUUUAUAUUUUUAGUAUUCAAGUUCUAGAAUUUGAUGACAACUUAUGUGUGAGAGAACCUUGUAUCAAUUUUGAAGAAUGUCUCACAGUCUUGAAGUUUGGAAAUGCCUCAGGCUUUUUGACCUCCUCCUCGAUGUUAUUCAGACCAAUUUAUCCAGUCACUACAUUUGCUUGCCGUUGCCCUGCUGGUUUCAUUGGUCGGAAAGAACAUUACCUAUGUGAUACCGAGGUAAAUCUGUGUUAUUCAAGUCCCUGUAAGAAUGGCGGUGAGUGUGUUCAAGCUGAGGGAGGUUAUACCUGCAUCUGUAGUGCUGGUUUUACAGGUGAGACAUGCGAGACUGAUGUAUCAGCUUCUUGUGGUGAAGCUUGCCCAGAAGGAUCUACUUGUACGCCCUUAGAGUCCGGAGGUUAUACCUGUGAGUCCUGCCAGGUCUCUGGGGCGUCCUUCCAGCACUACGACAGGUUCUGCCAGCUGAGAGCGAGAUCUUUCUCAUCAACAUCGUACCUAACCUUCACACCACUGAGGCAGAGAUACAGAAUGCAUAUCAAGCUCAAAUUUAGUACAGUUGAAAGUGGUGGUUUGCUUAUGUAUAAUGGGCGCUACAAUAUGCGCCAUGACUUCAUCGCUCUCGAGUUGAUUGAUGGGAAUAUUAUUCAAUUUUCAUUUUCUCUUGGAUCAAAGGUUACCAGAGUGUCUGCUGUGGCUGCUGAGCCUCUUAAUGAUGGUUCGUGGCACACAGUUACCAUCAUAUAUUAUAACAAGACUGCUACUGUGAGCUUGGACGAUUGCGAUACUGCUGUGGCAGUGAAAUUUGGUGAUAGAAUCAACAUGACUUGUGCUGGAGAAGUUACAGAAGAAUUAGAGAGCAGAUGCGCACUAGUGACUGAGAGCUGUCAUCGAUUUGUAGACCUCACUGGUCCAUUGCAGCUUGGUGGUCUCCCGCCCGGGAUGUCUCCUCCUCACCUUAGUUAUACAUCAUUCGUUGGAUGCCUUGCGGAUAUUUACAUUGAUCAUAAACUGUUAGAUCUGAACAAGUUUGUCGGAAAUAAUGGUACAAAAGUCGGUUGUCUCGAACGUGAAAGUUAUUGCUCCUCGUCUCCUUGCCAAAAUGGUGGAACUUGUAGAGAGUCUUGGGGUGGUUUCUUAUGUGAUUGUCAAGAUGGUUGGAGUGGUAGUGACUGUUCUCAGGGAGUUGGCCAGACUUGGAGUUUUGAUUCUGAGGGAGAAUUAAUUUUCAACCCCCUGCUCCGUCCUAUUCAGCUUCCUUGGGAAACGCAGUUCUCACUUCGCACAGUGUUACAAGACGGAUUCAUAAUGGGCAUAGCAGUUGGGCAAAAUUCAACAGCUGUAUUUACUCUGGAAAGUGGAUACUUGAAAUACUCGAUUGACAGUGACAGCGUGAUACUGUCAUCAUGGAGAGUAACCGAUGGUCUUUGGCACAGAGCGGUAGCAACGGUAGCACCUACAGGAAUGGCCACAUUAAUUGUUGAUGGUGCCAGAAAAGCCUCGGCAUCGUUAAGUGCUGCUCUUCAAGGGCAGUUCAUUGGUCGAAUCUCUGUUGGUAUUGCGGAUGGCUACCAUCCUUUCUCUGGCUGCAUAAAAGAUAUUCGACUUGGUUCUUGGCAAGGUCUUCAGUUGGUUCAAAACCCGACCUCAUCAUCUGGCGUGGGAUCAUCUUGUCCUCAAGAUUCUCAGUGUUCUUCUUGUCCACCGAAUAGUCAUUGCAAAUCAUCUUGGCACAAGUCAUCGUGUGCCUGUAAUGCAGGUUAUGUCGGCGAAGAAUGUGAAAGUGUCUGCAACCUCAACCCUUGUCAAAAUGGUGGUUAUUGUUUACAUGACAAGGAUUCACCUUUGGGCUAUUCAUGCGUAUGCAAUACGACAAUAUUUACAGGUGACUAUUGUGAAAAGGAAAAAUCUGAAGUCUGUCCUAGUUCGUGGUGGGGGCAGCCUAAUUGCGGUCCUUGUAACUGUGAUGUGUCUCGUGGCUACAGCCCGAAUUGUGAUCAGAAGGCAGGAGUGUGUACUUGUAAAGAGAGUCAUUAUUUUGCUUCUGAAGAAAUAGGAUGCCUGCCUUGCGAUUGCUAUAGCAUUGGAAGCCUUUCCCCUACUUGUGACAGGACUACAGGGCAGUGUGAUUGCAAAUCAGGCGUUGGAGGAUUGAAGUGUGACCAAUGUCCUAAUCCGUAUGCCCAAGUUACGUCCCUAGGGUGUGAAGUUAUUUACGGAGGAUGCCCGAGGAGCAAGGCAGGUGGUGUAUGGUGGGAGAGAUCGGAUUAUGGGACCCUAUCAUCAGUGGCUUGUCCUCAGGGUACUAACGGGAGGGCUACAAGGCUCUGCGACCGCUCCCUUCCUGGCUGGAGGGCUCCGGAUGUCUUCAACUGCACUUCCAACUCAUUUAUACAGCUAAGGAGGCUGCUGAGCCAAUUAGAAGCUGGAGAUGUAUCGAUGAACACAUAUGUUGCUGUAGAAACAGUGAAAUCCCUAAGCGAUAGCAUCAACAGUACCAGGUACCUGACCGGAGCUGAUUCUUUCAUUUCCAUCCAGCUGGCUGCUCGCCUUCUGCAGUAUGAGUCUUCACUUUCUGGAUUGUCCCUCUCCCAUGUGCAGCACGACACUUAUAUCAGUAGACUUGUUUUUAUAUUGAGUGAACUACUAUCUAUGCGAACCUUAGAGUAUUGGCCACGCUUGGAAACUCUAACAUCAGAAUCGCCUCACUACCUUCAUUCUCUGUUUGCAAUAUAUAUGAGUACUCUGGCAGCUAACAUGAGGGACACCUAUACACAGCCUUUUGAGACUAUUGCAGACAAUUUAGUACUUGGUUUGGAUACAGUAAGUUCAGAAAGCCUUUAUGGGUAUGAAGUACUUGGAAAAGCAUCCACUCUAUACAGCCGAAGCAAAGAAGCUGUGGUUAUUCCUGACACCACUAACAUUCUUCAGCCUCCUAUUCAGGGAGCAAGUGUCAUUUCACGUAAUGCUAGCUCUUCACCAACUGUGAUGUUCCCUAAAUACAACAAUUUUGUUAAACGUGGUCAGAAAUUUGAUGAAUUCUCUCGCUUGUUGUUGCCUACUGAUUUGCUCGGAAUCAGGGAAGUUCUGAGGGGUGAUAUCAGUAUUACUGGUUCGGUGAGAACACAGCCUGAACGAGAGGCCAUUGUAUCUUAUGCCAUGUUUAAAGAAGUUGAAGCUUGGCCAAAGAGGUUCGAUCACAGUGUUGUAACCAGGUGGGGUCUCGACCUCCAAGUUGGUUCCACUAUCUUCACCGUUGUUGCUACCAAUAAAGAAGGGACUGUUCUUGGAUCUGGUUUAAAAAGCCCUGUCAGACUUCAGCUGUGGUUAAGUCAUCCUGUUAAGUCUCCAAGGACCAAUCCUCAGUGUGUAAGAUGGACACAUGUUAGAGGGUUUGGCGAAUGGACCAGAGCUGGCUGUAUUACAGAGCUUCCUAGCGGAGAUUGGUGGCGGCGCCCCUUAGUCUUAGUCAAUUGUACCUGUACCACGUUAUCCACGCAUGCCGUUCUUAUCGAUCUGCUAGACCAUCAGUAUGUCCGUGAGGCUUCGGAGGCUGAAGAAGCGAUGACCUGGAUCGGAUUGCCCGUCUCUCUUUGGUGCCUUGCCAUGACCCUGCUGAUACUGAACAUAUCAGGAAAGGGAAACAGAGCUGGUAUAUCUGCCAACAUGUCUGUUUGCCUUCUUGCUGCUGAGGGCUUAUUUCUGAUCGCGUUAAAGGGAAGGUCACCUCUCCUAGCGAAGCCGGUUGGUUCUUUGCAAAUUGACCGCAAUAGGACUGCAUUACAGCUGGUUGUGCGCCUUGUGCUGGUGGCUCAUGUCCUCGGUACACCUCUACCGAAUGCUCACUCAGCUGAGAGAUGUCAACCGCGGGCCCAUGGUCCACUACUACACCCUGUGCUACGCUGUGCCUGGGGUCAUAGUAUCCCUUGCGGUGGCUGUCAGGCCGCACCAGCGGCAUUUACAGUAAACCAGCAUAUUGCUGCCUAUGGAGAUUUGAGGACGUUAGUGUGGAUAAACGUAGGAACUGCACCUCUGGCUGUUGGAGCAUGGCUUGCAUGCUUGGUCAACGCCACCGAGCACGGUCCAGGAGCCUCCCUGUGUUUAGCUCUCUGCUUGCCCAUUCAUUCCGGCUGCCUUCUGAUAGCUGAGGCAUCGACCAACCAUCGUCUUCGUCGUUGGGUAUUGUCUCUGACAAACGGCAAACCUCCUCCUCCCCCUCCUUCAGUGUCCAUCACGAGCCCUAGCCCGGGUUCAGAACGAAGCUUGGAAUUAGCAUCUUCUCAUUCUUCAGACGAGGAGAGCAGUGGUGUUAGACGCCAGACAAACCUUACUAUGAGGGAACCGCCACAUUUAAACAUUGAUACAGGCCUUUUCCAGCCUAUAUAUAGUUGGCCUGUUUAUGUACAUUCAGCUACGCACAUUCAAGAAGAAAAUGGGCGUCAUAGAUGGACUGGUUCUACAAUAUCAGAUAAUGAGACUCCAGGAAAAGUUAACAAUAUGUAUAGUGAUAGUGAAGAAAAAGCUAGUAUUGGAGAUAAAUAUCUAUUUCCUUAUACUGCGGAAGAAGAUCACAGUGAAAUGGCAGGCUCUCCUUCGCCUUUGACCAUGCAACAUCAUCUUUAUCCCAGGGUACCGAUAGCAGAGUGAGUAAUUUAUUUUAUAUUCAUACUCUUUUAAAUGUAUUUGGUCCCGUCAUACUGAAAUACAGUCUCACCUCUAUGUAUUAAAUUUGAAGAUUCCUUGAAAAAUUAAAAUUUCAUCCUAUAUACAUAAUAUGAGCAUAAAAACAAAAUACAUCGGGUUUGCUAUUCCUAAAAAAAGGUUUAGUUAAAUUUUUAUAUUAAAAGAAUUUUUUUUUAAGAAUAAAAGACAAAAGCCCAGCUGAUGAGCAUUCUAUAAAAAGUUAAUAUAUUUACUUCUUGUAAAUGAAUAUUUUUUUGACAAAUUAAUUCUACAUAUAACUUUUCCUCUGUCGUAAAGGGAUUAUCAAUCAGCAGUUUUAAGUUUUAAUAACAGUUUGAUUUAUCUACAUGAGAUGCCUGCCCAUCUUAUAUUUUUUUUAAUUAUUAAUUUUCUAAAAAGUAAAUAUAUCGAUUUUUGAAACAAUGUUCCUCAAUGGAAGAUUUUACAAUAUCGGACUAAGUGCCAAACCAAUAACUUUAGUUAGACAAUCUCAGGCAAAGUAGAUUAAAUGCCACAAUCUUUAAUAUAGGCAAUCAGUAUUUUUGGUUUGACGCUUACUCCGUUAUUUAUUCUUCAAUUUGUCUUUAAAUAGCAUUGUAUAUAUGUAUAUUUAUAUAUGUUGUACAAUCUUUAUUAAUUGUUCAAACAUAUAUAAUAUAUAAUUGCACUAUUGAAUAUAAAUAUGCACUAUCAAAGUUAAUAUUGAGAUGAAUGAACAUAUGAAUUAAUUCUCAUUUUUAGAUAAAAUCAUUUCCUUAUUUUUAACUAAUAAUAUAUUCUUCUAUUUUAUUAUAUUAUUGAUCUUUUCAUAGAACUUAACCCUAUUUUUAAUCUAAUUUUUAUUUUAGUCGGUAUCAGGCUCUUAUUAUCUUUGAAUGCCUAAUUUUUUUCAAGUUUGUUUCAGAUAAAUGAUAUACUAACCAGGUAAAGGGUUUUUUCUGAUUAUAAGCAUAAAUAUAUUAUCUUAUUUUUUCAUGCACGCCUACUUGUUUACAGGGAAUAUGAGGUAUGUAUGGAAAUUUAGAAGUAGUUAUUAGUAUUAUUUAUUCUAAUUUUUUAAUAAUAAGUUUCCAUUUAACUUUUUCUCUUACAUAUUUUACUGACCUCUGAUACUCUGAAAUGAAUCGAUUCAAAAGAAAUGAUUUUAUAUUAUUUUCUUCCAAAAACGUAUGCUAUUGGAAUUUAUAUAUUAUAUAGAUGCUUAGACUCAAGUUUUCAUUUUGAGCUGUUCAUCAAUUUUAAUGAUUAUACCAUCAACAACAAAUAUUUUAUAAUUUGAUAGAAGGAAAAUAGUGCUUUCUUCUCCCUCUCAUCAACACUGAAAUCUUGAAAAAUCUUAAGUAAUGAUCAUUCCAAAUACUGUAAUAAUAUACCUUUUCGGUUGUGAGAUUUGGUCUCUUAGAGAAGGUUUGAAAUAAGUCAUGAAAGUGGAUAUGGCUGUCAUCUGACUAUAAAAAAUUGAGGAAAAUCAUGAUUUCUCACUAUGUAAAGCAAAGCUAAAAUGGAUGUAUUAUAUUGAAGCAGCUUCAAGAUAUCAGAAACAUUUUUUGUUCAUUACCACAAAUGCUUUAGUAGAUGGCAAGAGACCAGAUGGAAGACCUGAAACCCAAUUAAUUUGUCGAAUAAAUACAAAUACUAUAGAGCUAGUAAUGGUGAACAAAUUUAGUUCAUUGGUCUUUAUUUUAUUUUUUCAUUUCUGGAAAGUGGAAAUAUCUUGUUUUUUUUUUUUUACAAUGAAAUCCAAUAGAAAUCAUCAUUCAAACAAGGAAGCCUUGUGUUCCUGAUAUAUUGUGUUUGGGACUUUCCAAGUAAUUGGCAGGGUUCAUAAUCCUUUCAAUAAUUAACCGGUGUUUAUUUUAAUUUUGGCCUAACAGGAACUUGGUUAUGGAGGUGGAGAAUCUUUUCUUAAUUUCUGGGCCCUCUGACCAAUGCAUUCCCUUUUGCCUGCAUUUCUCAAACUGAAGUUCAGGAUCUCCUUACACUGAUGACAACUGGAAAUACCUAUUGAAGGUUCUAGUUCUAAAAGAACGAGUUGAGCCUUGUUUCUAGCAAGCUUCUCGGCUUUCUCAUUGCCCUUAAUACCUUUAUUACACUCUCUUAUCAGAUUGGGGUUACUAUUUGGGGAUUUGAGAGCUUGAAGACCUGUCUGAGUAGAUAUUAAUGCCUGAAUACAAUGUUAUACUUGUCUUAUGGAAUGCUUAAGUUCAUCUUUAUAUUCCCUAUGAAGAUUCACAUACCUAUAUCUCAGAGUUGCAAGCAAUAAAUGAUACAGACAUAGCUGGAAUUGGCUGAUAUUGGUGGAGAAGCUGUGAAAAAUCUUAUAACACAAUUUUUAAAAAUUAAAUAAUAUUUUAAUAAAUUCAUUCUUCAGUGAAACUCUUUUUUGUGGGGACCUUAUUUAAUUUGAUUGUUGAUAAAACUUAUUUUUAACAAGGCUAACCUAAACAUAUUUCUAACAAAAAAAAAAGCUCUAUUUCUGAUGCAUUAAUUAAUUAAUUCUGCUUUGUCUCAUCCUAACAUUUUAAUAUAAUGCUUGUAAUUAUAAAAUGACAUAUUAUCAAUUUUCUGUUUACAAAGCGUAAAAUAAUUUUAAUUUCAUGAAGAAUGCCAUUGAGGUAACCAGGGUACAAUGUACUGAACCUUACCCAUCACACCUGCACUUUGGUUUGUUUUAUAUCCAAUUUUUAUUUAUGCAUGGCACAAUUUUAUUUAUUUGACUUCAAAAUUUGUAUUAACAAUAAUGACUAUAUUCCAUUAAUUUUUGACAAACACUACUAUAAUAUCUCUUGUUUGCAUUUUAAGUUUUGUCCAUUUUUAUGUUUAAGAUUAUUGAUAUGUGAAUGUUCUAUCAAUGAUUGUAUUUUACAUUAACUAACUCGGUUUUAGGAAGCCUACGAGUGAAACCCCAGUUUGAUCUCCUUGAAAGGAUGUAUAUUGAUAAUCCAAAUAUUUCUUCGUAUUAAAAAGACAUUUUUGGUAUUAUAUCUUGUAAAUCUUCAGACUGAAUUGUAUUUUGUACUGUAUUUUGUGUGGAUGUCUAGGAUGUGUGCUUGUUAUAUAUGUUAUGUGUGCAUGUAUUUUGUCAAAACUCAUCUCGAAUCAGCACAAAAAAGAAAUAGUAUUCCUUCCAUCAUUGGUUCCAUUAUCAUUCAUCUAUCUUUAUUUUGAUGAUGGCCAAUUAUGUUUUCAGAAUAAAUUUUAUCUUCGUAAUUACUAUCUAUCUACAAAAACUUUUUUAUUUUACAUUCAUUCGUCUAUUCCUUUGAAGAUGAACUUCCUUUAUAUAUAUAUAUAUAUAUAU